AUGUCUACCAGCGCUACGAGCUGGCAUGCGGCCCUCGAGUCGCUGCCUGCCACACCGGAGAAGAUUCCCGCGUUCUUUUUUGCACAUGGGUCCCCUAUGUUAGCCUUUCCGCCAACUGAAGGUUCAGAUGGUGGUAUGAUGGGUUAUCAUGGACCCAAAGGCCCUCUGGCCCAAUUUUUGAAAGAAUUUGGACCCACCUUGUUGAAGAAAUACAGGCCAAAAGGCAUUGUCGUCUUCAGUGCACACUGGGAAACCUAUGGAGAGCGCCUGGUGUCUGAUUACCCUGAAAAUCCUCUGCUGAUGGAUUACUACGGCUUCCCCCCUGAAUUGUAUCAACUCAAGUUCAAGUCCAAAGGGGAUUCCAAACUCGCGCAACAUGUUGUUGACUUGUACAAAAAGGCUGGACAAAAGGCCAGAUUAACGACUGUGCAUGAGAGCCGCGGGGAGGAUGGUCGAGGAUUUUCAGGACCUGGACUUGACCAUGGGGUGUUUGUGCCAUUCCGGAUUAUGUUUGGAGAGGAGUUUACGGAGAUUCCGAUUGUGCAAGUAUCGAUCGACUCUAGCAUGGAUCCCGAGAAAAACUGGGAACUCGGCAAAGCAGUGGCGCAGCUGAGGGAGGAGGGAAUCUUGAUACUUGCGGGUGGGCUGACUGCGCAUAACCUGAGAGAUCGGGUGUCAUUUUCACCAGACACGGCCCGCGCGGUGCACAAAGAAUUUGACCAGGCGAUCCACCAGGCGAUUGCGACAGACUCGGCGGAGGAGCGCAAGAAGGCACUGUUCGCGCUGCCGCGACACCCUGGAUUCCGAGCGUCGCAGCCACGCGAGGACCACUUUGUGCCGCUGUAUGUAGCUGGGGGCGCUGGGGAGGGCGGGGCGGUUCAUACGAUCGUAGAUUUGUACGGAUUGGCAUCGUUUGCAUUUGGGAUCUAA